UCAUGGUGCAGAGGCAUGCGAAUCUUCAACCACAAGUGUAAAUCUGAAAACAAUGGCAAUUGUAGCACAAUCUCCCAUUCUCUCAGCUAAUCACUUACACGUACUCGCCCCCAAAAAUGAGAGGAAGCAUUUGGGCUCAUUCAGUGGUCUCCACUGUGCAUCUCGGGAUGAGAAUCUUUGCUUGCUUCUCAGAUAUACUCUUAGUUCAAAGGGAAGUUUUGGCUGGCGAUUUUUCGGAAAGAUAUGUGCUGGCUAUUCUGGGGAUUUUUUCGAAUUGGAUAAUGGCAAGGGACACUAUAAUGAAUCUAAUCAAUCAGCACCCAACCAGGAUACGAUUCAAAGGCAAUAUGUUUCAAAUGGGGAUGAGAUGGAGCUAAAUGUGAGAAUCAGGUCCAAGAAACUCCUUGAAAGAAAACAUAACAGGGAAAAGAAGAAAAGGAAAACCAAUGGCCAUGUCCAAGUACUUGAGGAACCUCAAAGCCAUAAGAGAAUUGUUGAUAAUAGGAGUCCCUCUAAGCAAAAGGUUUUUCGUUACUUCAGAGAUUCAGCACAAGUCAGACCCAUGUCUUCUAUUGAAGAGGCUAAACUCUCAUUAGCAGUCAAGGUUACUCUGAUGUUAGAGAAAACAAAGAAAACUCUGCAGGAAGAGUUUGGGCGUGACCCAACAAUGAAUGAAUUAACAAGGGCUACUGGAAUUGAUGAGAAAGAAUUAAAGUCCCGCUUAAUAGAAGGAUCGCGUAGUAGAGAGAGAUUGUUAAGUAACAACAUCGGUCUCGUAAUUUCCAUUGCUUUCGAGUAUAGGGGCAGAGGAAUGGCCCUUGAAGAUCUCAUUCAGGCAGGCAUCAUCUCCUUAAUGCGAGGUGUUGAGAAAUUUGAUCAUACAAAAGGUUGUAAGUUCUCAACAUAUGCAUAUUGGUGGAUCAAACAUGGCAUAACAAAGGCGAUAAUAAGGCAUUCAAGGCUCAUCCGCUUGCCUCAUCACAUCCACGGUCUUCUUUCUCGAGUGCAAAGAGCAAGGAAAUUGAUACGUCAAGAUCCCAAAAUGAACCAAAAUCCAGAAGAAGCAACCUGGUUGGCAGGAUUAACACCAGCGAAAAUGUCGCUGCUCAUGCUUGCUGCAAGAGAGCCUAUUUCUUUGGACCGGCCCAUUCAAAAGGGCUCUUAUCUAAAUCAUGGGGAUUCGGUUGUAGAUGACCGUAACGAUUCAGAAGCCAAGAUUAUCAUGAAGAAACAUCUUCGACAGGAGCUGGAGAAGCUCUUGGAAAUUGUUAGUGAUAACGAGAGAGAUAUCUUGAUUUACAGGUGUGGGUUAGAGAGAGGUAGGGGGAUGACAUUGGCUGAGAUUGGAGAGAUUUUCAAAGUAACAAAACAGAGGAUCGGACAGAUUGAAAAAGGGGCACUCAGUAAACUUAAACAGCCCGAGAUCUGUGAACGCUUGAAACAUUAUUUUUACUCAGAUGCUGACAGUUUCUUGUAAUGCAAUCCCUUAAUGGUAUAUUGU